AUGCCGGAACCUCGGGCUCCGUCGUCUCCGUUGCGCGUGAACCAGGCGUUCGCAGCGCGCUACAACCGCUACCGGGAGCGCGAGGAGCUGCAGCGGCUGAAAGAUCGCUACGGGGACCGGGACAGCGGCUCCAGCUCCGGGUCCGACUCGAGCGACGAGCGCGUGGAGUUUGACCCCCAGCAGGAGCGUGACUUUUACCGGACUCUGUCCCUGUUGAAGAAGAAGGACCCUCGCAUCUACCAGAGGGAUGCCACCUUCUACCAGCGGACAGCUUCUGACAGCGACGAGGAGGAAGAGGAGGAGGACCAGUCGGCCACCAAGCAGCGCCAGAAGAAGAAGAAGGUCCAGCCCAUGUUCUUAAAGGACUACGAGAGGAAGGUUAUCUUAGAGAAAGAAGGCAAAUAUGUGGAUGAGGAGGAUUCAGACGGGGAACUCUCCAGACAGCAGCAGCAGCAGUUCUCGUCCAAGAGUUACGUGGAGGAACAGAAACAGCUCAAGGAAAGCUUCCGGACGUUUGUGGAGGACAGUGAGGAUGACGACAGUGCCGGAGAAGGGGGAUCCGGCUUGUUGCAGCGACGAGCCAAGACCCAGGAGGAAAAAGCUCAGGAAGAAGCCGAUUAUGUGAACUGGCUCAAAGGGCAGCAGGAAACCGGCAGCUCGCAGGGCCUUGAAGAGCUGACCCACCUCAAGGAAUAUUGGAACAAUCCUGAGUUGGAUGAAGGGGAGCGAUUCCUGCGGGACUACAUCCUCAACAAGGGCUAUGAGGAGGAGGAAGAAGAGGAGGAAGAGGAAGAAGAAGGGGUCCCUGGCGCCCCACUGCAGCUGGCCGUGGAGGACUCCUCGGAUGAGGGGGAGCUGUUUCUCCGGAAGCAGGAGGACUUUGAGCACAAGUACAACUUUCGCUUCGAGGAGCCUGACGCCACGUCGGUCAAGACCUUCCCCCGGAACAUUGCAUCUUCCGUGCGCCGCAAGGAUGAACGGCGGAAGGAGCGAAGAGAGGAGACUCGGGAACGCAAGAAGAGGGAGAAAGCUAAGAAGCAGGAGGAGUUGAAGCAGCUGAAAAACCUCAAGAGGAAGGAGAUCGAGGCAAAGCUGGAGCGACUCCGCCAGGUCACAGGCAACGCGACAUUGGGCCUGGAAGUGGGUGACCUGGAUGCUGACUUCGACCCUGCCCAGCACGACCAACUCAUGCAGAAAUGUUUCGGGGAUGAAUAUUAUGGCACUGAGGAAGAGGAGAAACCGCAGUUUGAGGAAGAGGAAGGCCUCGAAGAUGACUGGAACUGGGACACUUGGGCUGGCCCAGAGAGGGAGCCACACUGCGAAGACCCCGACUUCAAUAUGGACGCCGACUACGACCCUAGCCAGCCCCUGAAAAAGAAGCGCACAGCCCCUGCCACUGGCAAGAAGAAGCGGAAAUCGCCCUUUGCGGCCGCCGUGGAGCAGGAGAAGCCCCAGUUCGAGCCUGAGGAGCGGUCCUUCGAGCAGUACCUGGAUGAGUACUACCGGCUGGACUAUGAGGACAUCAUCGACGACCUGCCCUGUCGCUUCAAGUACCGCACUGUGGUGCCCUGCGACUUCGGGCUCAGCACCGAGGAGAUCCUGGCAGCGGAUGAUAAGGAGCUGAACCGGUGGUGUUCCCUGAAAAAGACCUGCAUGUACAGGUCUGAGCAGGAGGAGCUGCAGGACAAGCAGGCCUACAAGCAGAAGGCCAAAAACUCGUGGAAAAAGAAGCAGAUCUUCAAGUCACUGUGCCCCGAGGAGACAGAGACACGCACAGAAGCCGUGGAGAAGCCACAAAAAGAUGUGGCCAGUCCCAAGGCCCAGUUGUCCUCACCCAAUGGGACCCCUAAGAAGCGACCCAAGCCCAAGAGCCCUCCGGUGCUGGAGAAGUCGGGCCUUGAGGCAACUCCUGAGGAGCCACCAGCCCCUCUGAGGCGCAGGAAGGCCAAGAAGGCGCGUCUGCUGGGCCCGACAGUGACCCUCAAGGGCCGUGAGUUCAGCUGCCAGAGGCUGCAGGCCUUUGGCCUGAACCCCAAAAAGCUGCACUUCCGCCAGCUGGGCCGACAGCGCCGGAAGCAGCAACAGCAGCGUCAAAGUGGCCCAUGAUGGGCCCAGCCCAUAUACCCCAGCCUCGAACCUGCCACUGAUACCUGUUGGGGCCUCAGCAGCCUCCCCAGUACUGGGCAGCACAAUUGGUCAAUUCGCAGGACUUUAUUUGCCCCCCAGUUCCUCCCAACGCCAGAGAGAGGAUAUGGGGGAACCCAGGGGCGUCCAUUACCAUCUACACAGUACAUAGUCAGAACCUGAGUGGGUGGGUGCCAGUGGGCUGCCCUCUGCCCAAGGGUCUCAGCUGUGUGAGCCCGAGGGGAUGAGGGGGUGGGUCAUCCCACCCCCAGGACAUAAAUAGAAAAAUAAAUAGUGUCUGUCUUAUUUU